AUGAGAACCAGGCGCGCAGCAUGCGAGCCGUGCAGGAAAUCCAAACUCGCAUGCGAUCAUACGCAGCCAGUGUGCGCUCGCUGCAGAAGCGGCAAUAGACCACGCAGCUGCAUCUACAGGGCAGCCCCUUUCAAGAGGAAGACCCGAGCAAACUCAGGGCAAUCCUCACAGCAGCUAUUCACUCCUCCGUCCUAUCCCAGCAUUCCCAACAUCGACCACGCAGACUCAGCUGCUCCCGCGUCUCCGAUCACCCCUCCGAGCCGCUAUCCCAAUCCGGGGUAUAUUGGGUCGUCCAGUCAGGUUUCUAUCUUCAACCAUAUACCAUUGACAGAUAAUACCACUGGCACUGGUUUACGUGGUGAAAGACCACCUUCAACGAGCUCGCGGGUCCAGGCUGACGACGACCUCCUUGUUCAAAGAGGAGCGGAGGCCCUGAAAUGUCUUUUUAGUUCGUUCUCCCUUGAAUAUAUGAAAGAUCUGGUCAAAUUCUGGCUCGCAAAGGGUGCAAAUCUUUCCCUAGCUGGGGGCAUUGUACGCCAUUGCAUCGACAAUAUCGACCUUCCACUGCCUAUACGUAUACCUACUUCACCACCAGACUGGCAUAUCCAAAACGCGAAAUACCUCCUGCUCAAUUCAAGUCGUCCAUUAGAAGUGAAUCCUUCUUCCACCUUCUCCGAGUUCUGUGACCAGUUCAUAAACCAGAAUGCCCGCUGGGAGACAAUAGGGAUCUUCCUCUCAGCUGUAACCCGCGCCGCUAUAGAAACACGUUUCUUCCCAUCCCUAUACACAGAUGAGGAAACCAGGUACACCUUGACGAAACUGUGCACAAGAGCAGCAGACUACGCACUCGAAAUCUCCCUCUCAUUGGACAUUCUAAACGAUCUCCAGCUCUUUCUUCAGUACGAGAACUGGAUCGUGCAUACUUAUGUCCACGGGGACUACAGCUACCACUCAUGGCGCAAACUCGGCGACGUAAUCGCCUCAAUCUACGCACGCGGAUACCACGAAAGGCUGAACAGCGACCUCGCCGCACCGACGUUCCUCAGAGAACUACGCAAGGCCCUUUUCGCGCGUGUAUACUCGGGCGACAAGAACGUGGCGAUAUUCGUGGGUCGGCCGCCGCGCAUGAACAAGUAUUUCUGUUAUUUUCAGAUCCCGUCGUGUCCAGCGGGUGAGGAUAUUGGGUUGCUCUCUGCGAAUGGGACGGAUCAAGCGGAGGAUGUUUGGCAGUGGAAUCCUGAUACGAAGGCGAGUUUUAUGGCUGAGUCGCGAUGGAGUGCGCUGUGUGCUAAAUUGAAGGAGGACAUACUAUAUCUUCAGCGAGAAAGGGAUGAUGCUGUAUUCCCUGAACGGGUGUCGGAGAUAAAAGCAAUGGCUGAGAAACAUUUCUCGUCUCUCCCAAUACACUUCCAACACCACGGCACCUUAAGGAAGCGAGUCCAUGGCCCAUUCGAAAGAGACUUCAUUGCUGCCGUACGGCUGAACCACCUGCAUGUCCUGUUCUUGCUUAGCCUGCUGGAACUCAGGACACCGGCUGAGCCAGGCUUCGAGAUUAUUGAGAUCGCAGAAGAGAUGGCACUCAUUGUUGUCGACCUGAUUCUGCUACGUGAUCAGAUCGUCAACUCAGGGACGAGUCUUGUGUGGAAGAUAGCACAUUACGGCCUCCCAGCCGCAGGAAUCCUCCUCCUCGCUAUGCUCUCGCAGCGCUCUUCCUCAAAUGACCCGCCGCCACCCCAGCCUAAAGUCCUACAACAUCUCACCAUCCUCGCCGCAGAACUACAAGCCGGGUCAAUAAUCCAACCGCGCGAGCCGAACUACGAGCUCAUGAUGAAGGCAACGCAGACAAUCCAGAUUUUUCUAGAUUCUGUAGCUGCCGAUGCUUGGCAUGGUUCCAGCCACCUAUCUCCUGGGGAUAUGGAGCAGAUGGGAGCUAAUGGCUGGGCUGGUUUAUCAGGGCAGAAUGCCCUCGAUUUUGAGAUUGGGUUUUGGCAGGAGUUGGCUGAGCAUCCUCUGUUGAGUUUAGAUUUAUAA